AUGGACACAAACGAGCAUCUGCGGCAGCUGGCCGAAGCUCAGUGUCGCAAUGUUUACGCCACCGCCGAAUAUGAAGUGGACCGUUUGCGGAGUGAGGUGAAGCUUGGCAAAUCACAAAUCGAUGCACUAGAGAAGUCCCUCGAAGCGGCGCACAAAGAGGUUUAUCGUUUGAAACAGGAGGGUGCCGAGGAAUAUCGAUUUCUAAAGAAUGACAGCGCAUCCACAAUCGACGAGCUCCGCCAAUCAAAUCGGGAGGCGCAGAUGAGGGUGGCAGAGCUUGAAGACGAAUUCAGGUUAAUGAAAGAGUCGAGAAAAUCGCUUGGAGCACCGGAAAAUAAUGGCGCCAUGCAAAAGCACCUGUCGGUCUUUAUUAAGCGCUUAGGAUUACUCCCUGAUUCAAGCAUCGAUGAAGUUUUUACUGCUAUAAACAGCCGCCUGGACAGAGGCGCCCUGCAUGAGGCCAGAUUGGCUGAGAUUGAUUUCACACAGCAGGAGCUCAAAAAUCAACUGCGCGAAUCACACAACUCCGCCGCUGAACUGGCCAAUCGCGUGGAGGCUUUGUUGGCGGAGAAAGAGACACUGAAACGGGAGGUGUCCAUGUUGGCAGCAGAAAAGGCCGAUUUCUCGGCCACCAGGGGUCUCCUAGAACAGAGAAUUUCGGCUCAGGAGAGACGGCUCGCCGAACUACGAGAUGAACUCGCCACAGAGUGCGAUCGCGCGCGUCAGGCCCACGUGGAAAGCCAGCAGCACCUCCUCGAACGCAAUUCACAUGCAGUCCAGUUCACAACCCUCGUUGAAUGUUUGGCAGCGUCUUUGAGCACAGUUGGGUGUCCGUGUUCGCCGACAGAAUCUGGCGUGAAGGAGGCCGUGUCAAGGGUCACCGCAGAACUCCAGGCCCUCAAACGAACUGAGAGUGAACUGGAGGAGAAGGUUGAAAGUCUCCACAGACAAUUUGAGUUUCAGUUCACGAACGGGCAGGCGCUGGCGGAGGAGUUGGAGGCCGUCAGACGGGACUUGGAGCAGGAACGGGCGGUGAACAGCCGCGCACAGGGUGAAUUGGAGGGUUUCAGGCUGAUGAGCGGUCACAGGCAGUUCCCUCCACAGAUCGUCAAUAACCUCGUAAUCGCGUGCGAGAGGCUCAAUAUACCCUGUUCGAGGAGUUCGCAUCCAGAGUUAGCCAAUCAGAUUGCAGCCAUGGUCACCGAACUUAUCGAUCGGGGCUGCAUAUCGAAGGAGUGCAUUAAUAUUCUAGGAGCUAAGACGAAACCUUCGACGCAGCUAACUGCAAAACAGGAAAAUCACACCAAUCACGUCCACCGAGACGGGUCCCACAAGCAUGAGCCUUCUCAACCAUCGGCUGCAUCGGAGCACGCGAUUGGUGCCGACUGCCAGAGCUGCGCUCGAAUGAACACGACCCCCUUUGAGCUGGCCAAUCGCGCACCAGACUGGACUGACCUUGAGCAGAGGCGCGCGCAAACCUUAUGUCGUAGCUGUCUGUCCUGUCUGACAGAGGCCCUGCGAAAUCGACUGCGUGAGGCCGUGGCUGGGCUGCCUGCAUCGGAGCACCGAGAGAAAGCGCUUGCGGAGCAGUUGGAGGCUGCAAAGCGAGAGAUGGAAGGUCUACACGAGAAGAUUCUGAAAAUGGAGAGCGAAAAGGAUGAGGAAUAUGAGAAGUUGGAGCGAAUGGUGACGAAGAUGGAGGCGUUGAGGCAGCAUCAGGCGAAGCGCAUUGCAGGUUUGCAGUCGAAGACGCAGAAGAUGAAUGCGUCAGAAGCCCAGAAAGACCAGCAGCUAAACGCAGCCAAAAGCUUCUUGGUCGAGAACCGACAGAAGCAGUUACACGUACGUGAUUUUGAAAGGGUGUUAUUAAAUUUGCUCAAGGAACGCUGCGUGCUACUCAAUUUCCGAAAUAACCUUGGAAGGCUGCUUGGUGUGGAUGCAUGGCUUGUGCCAAAUCCAGAAACUGUCAUCAUCCAGAGAGUUCAACAGAUCCUCGUUCACUCUUCGACGCCACUGGAGCCUGGUUUGAGCAGGUCGUUUGCGCAGCCGACGCCACUUUGGGUUCCUCCAAGGCCUGCACUGCCGAACCUUCAGUUGCAGGCGCUUCCACCACUACCAAACUAUGACCCACUGGACGUCGACUCUUCGGAGAGCAAGGCCUCUCCAGCGCGCAGUCGGAAGACCAUCUCUCAACGCCAGACAACUGGGCCUGCAAGGACCCCCAUGCGGUCCGCUUCGUCAGCGCGCAAGGCCACCACGCUCAGAUCACAAUCGGCCAGAGGCAGAGAUUCAAGAAAAUACUGA